ACCACAACCAGAAAAAGACAAUCGAACACAAAACAACAACCAAACUUAGUCUCCAUGACAACAGACUGGCUGAGACCAGGAUGAGACAUAGAUUUGGUCCGGGUGGAAGGGGAGGUGUCCGUAUGCAGCUGGAGAGAACAGACAUAGACUUGGCUAGCGAUGCUCCUUCCUGCUCCUAUAGUUGUGAUUCAGAGAGACUUAUGGCGCCUCAGGUUAACCCCCUAACAGGUGCUGCCUUCAGCCUGCCUUCUAUAGGAUCUAUCAAUUGGAACAUGGAUCCUGUGACAACACAGACACUCCCUGGUCAUUGUCCUCCUCAGACUCUCCUAAUGUUAAACCAGACCUCAGACAAUGCCAGUGCCUCAACACUGAGUGGCUACACAAGCCCAUUGACAAAUGACAGUAGUAGAGAUGGAAUCAGUAAAGGUGGCGGCGCCAAAGAAAAGCACUUCCCGUGUUCGUUCUGUGGCAAAGUCUUCAGUUUCCCCAAACAGGUGGCGAUCCACCAGAGGAUGCACACGGGGGAGAAACCGUUCGGCUGCCACGUGUGCCGGGCCAGUUUCUCAGACUCAUCCAACCUGAAGAGGCACCAGAGGGUACACACAGGGGAGAAACCCUACAGCUGCCCCCAGUGUGAGAAGAGGUUCUCCCACCAGCCCCAUCUGAAGAGGCACCUGAAGAUCCACACUGGAGAGAAGCCGUUCCCCUGUAUGCACUGCGAGAAGAGGUUCUCAGAGAGGGGCUACCUCAGGAUACACCAGCAGAAAAUGCACACCGCCCAUUCGGCACAUGCAGAGGCCUCGGGUCCUGGAGGAUUCUCUCUGGUCAAGCAGGAGAGGACUGAAGGAGAGGACCCACGAGACAGCAGUCACAUCCAGACUGGAGCAGCGGCUGAAGUGGAACUCCCUUCAGCAGUGCCCCAGCACAGGACCCGACGAAGCAUCAUUGUGGAUCUGCUGAGUGGACUAAAGCUGGGGGCGCAAGGUGAUUGGAUGGAGGCUAAAAGAGGAGACUGGGUGGCCAUCUCUGAUUCCCAGAUAGGUGCAGCCAAGGGCCCAGGGGACAACAUCACAGAGCAGGCCAGGACCAGAGGCGAGGCCAGUGGAUGGGACAGCGUCCUCAACUCUGGGCUGGGGAACAACACUGUUAACCAGAAACAGACAGUCGAAAACAAAACAACAACUGAAUUUAGUCUCCAUGCCAACAGACUGGCUGAGACCAGGGUGAGGUGUAGAUUUGGUCUGUGGGGACGGGGAGGUGUCCGUAUGUGGAGGGAGAGAACAGACACAGACACGGCUAGUGAUGCACCGUCCUGCUCCUAUAGUUGUGAUUCAGAGAGACUGAUGGGGCCUCAGGUUAAGCCCCUAGCAGGUGCUGGCUUCAGCCUGCCUUCUAUAGGAUCUAUCAACUGGAACUUGGACCCUGCGACAACACAGACACUUCCUGGCCUUCAUACUCCUCACGCUCUCCUUAUGUUAAACCAGACCUCAGACAAUGCCAGUGCCUCAACACUAAAUGGCUACACAAGCCCAUCGACAAAUGAGAGUAGUAGAGAUGGAAUCAGUAAAGGUGGCAGCGCCAAGGAGAAGCGCUUCCCGUGUUCGUUCUGUGGGAAAGCCUUCAGUUUCCCAAAACACGUGGAGAUCCACCAGAGGAUACACACGGGGGAGAAACCGUUCGGCUGUAGCCAGUGUCACAUGCGCUUUGCCCAGGCUGGCCACCUGAAGAGGCACCAGAGAGUCCACACAGGGGAGAAACCCUACAGCUGCCCCCAGUGUGAGAAAAGGUUCUCCCACCAGCAUCAGCUGAAGCUGCACCAGAGGGUCCACACAGGGGAGAAACCCUACGGCUGCCACCAGUGUGAGAAAAGGUUCUCCCACCAGCACCAUCUGAAGAUGCACCUGAAGGUCCACACGGGAGAGAGGCCGUUCGUCUGUACGCACUGCGGGAAGAGGUUCUCAGAGAGGAGCUCUCUCAGGAUACACCAGCAGAAAAUGCACACAGCCCAUGUAUAGAGUAUAGUGAUAUGUAGUACUAAUUUGUUUAUUUGCAGUUAAUUAUGUUGGUUUUGGAUGUAUAGGGAACUGGAUGAGGUGAACUGAGGAUGAUGAGGCGAUGGUUGGUGUGAUGGUGUCUGUAAAAAUGCUUCACUGAUGAAGAGUGACAAACUUUGUCCCUUUAGGUUGAUACUGGUGUUUUAUAAUAAGGAAAUGAUAGUGCCUUAAUUCAUGUUUACUUUAAAUGAAGUAGUGAAGAUGUGUGUAAUGUUUAACCUUUUCCAAAGUACUUUAAAAUGUAUUUUAUCAAAGCAAGGGUACCAGAUUUACAGAAAAGUUAACGCAUCAUGUAACAAUUUCAAAAAUGUUACUGAGUUAGUUUAUAAUAAGGAAAUACGUUAAUAAAAAUGAAUUCAUUAGUCCCUAAUCUAUGGAUUUCACAUGA